AUGGUUAGCCCACGAGCCCAGGUUUCUCGGCGAGCACGAAGAGUGAGUCAGCAGCGUUACCUGCUUAAAGAGCCGCCCGUUACCGGGCCGAGCCCGCGCACACUGGCUGCUGUCGGCAGCGGCCAUCAGCUGGUGGCAGAUUUGGUCCGCGGCGGGUUCCAGCCGCGCCUUCCGACUUCACUGCCGCCCCCAGGGCAGCAACAGCAGCAGCAGCCGUCGCCGCUACCACGCCGACAGCUCGUCCCGUUGAUGCCUCCCACGCAGCUUCAUCCGGGAGCGCCCCAGGUGGUCGCUCCGGCGCCUGCGGCCCCUCUUCAGUCGCCACCGCCUUCGGAGCUGAUGGACGUCGACCCCUCAGCCGGGCCGCCUUCCCAAGCGGUGGCUGUGCAGCCUGUCCUGCAGCCGCUUUCCUUGGGCACCCCCAAGGAGUCUGACACCGCAGCGCCUUGUCCGGCGCCCACUGAGCAGCCGUCGACGCAGCGUCAGGAGACGCUGCCUCUCUCCGUGGGUCCCGACGCCCCGUCGCGUCCAGUACCAGAAGCUGCGCCCGUGGUCACAGGCUUCCCAGCACUGUAG